GAAGGCCAUUGAAGAGGUGAGUAUGAAAGAAUUGAGGAAGAGAAAGCGGUUCAAAUCUAAGUACAUUUGUAGCCCAUUCAUUGCGCCGGUGGCUAAGAGGCUUAAGGUUGGAGGACGUGAUGGUGAGUAUGAUUCUUUCAAGGCAUGGGUGGAGGAAAUUGAUGGUAUUGAACCUACCGUACUUCACCUAGAUAUUCCAUCAUCUUACCCGACAAAUAGAACAUUCUUCCGAGAGCUAAUGGAUGAAAAUGAAUGGCUAAGUAGCGAGCAUUUGGAUGCUCUAGUUCUUCUGUUCCGCAAAUCCAUAAAGAUCGCGGCCUAUGAACUCAUGAGCCCUUUGUUCGCGUACCAAAUUUUACAGAAGGAUGCAGCAGAUGACAAACAAUGGAAGGGGGACCGAUUACUGAAGAAAAUGGAUUGGAGUCGAUAUGAAAAGGUGUUCAUGCCUGUGCACACUGAUGGAAAACAUUGGGUGCUAUCUGAAAUUGACCUACUCAAUAACGUCGUACGGGUAUACGAUUCUUUGAAGACGAGUAGGUCGGUUGCAUCUGUGAGGCUUUUGUGUAUCCGACUUCCACUCCUGUUUUGGGUCAUCAAAUGCAACCCUGUCGUUACCUCCAUAGCCCAUUCACAUCCUUGGAGAGUGGAGGCAGUGGAUGAUGUUCCACAACAACACUCAGGGUACACUCAUGUCUGUACACAAAUACAAUUUGUCUGUGCAUAGAAAUGUAAUGUCUGUAUGAAUUGUAUUACUUUCAGAUCCGGUGUUUGCGGAGUUAUGGUAGCAGCGUUUGCGGAGGCACUGUUG